CGAGGCGACUUGCCAGAGCAGAAGGACAUCGACUCGCGCACUGCAUCGAUCAUGGCUGCAAGCACAGAGGCGCAGAAGCAGGUCAAGAUCAGACUGUCUGCCAAAGAUGACUCCAUCGCCCUCCCACAAGAGGUUGGUGACCUGGUUAUCAGCACUGAGGUCAAGCGAUACCAGCUCUCAACACUCGUGAACAAGCUUCUGGAAACAACACAGCCAACACCGUUCGAAUUCCUCAUAAACGGCCAAUAUCUGAGGACGACUCUGGACCAAUUUUUGACCGAGAAUGGCAUAAGUGCUGAAACUACACUACACGUCGAAUAUGUGAAGGCGUUGAGCCCGCCGCAGUACAUUGCCAGCUACGAACACGACGACUGGGUCUCCUCUGUUGAUGUACUAUCCUCGAGCUCAAAUGCAGCAAACUGGGCCAGCGUCACUGGAAAUUUGCAGCCUAGCAUAGUCUCUGCCUCAUUUGAUGGAGCUCUCCGAGUCUGGGAUGAAUCGCAGGAUGUGCUCGCAACCGGUACAGGAUGGCAUCGCGGAUCGAUCCAUGUAGCAAAAUGGCUCUCUCCAUCUCAAAUUGUCACAGCAGGCACUGAUCGCUCCGUCCGGCUAUGGGACUAUGCUGCGGGCGCUGGCGCAGGGAGUGCGAAGCUUUCGCCGAAAUUGGAGCUGCUGGGUCACAAAGGCGCGAUAGACUCAUUGGCAGUUCAUGCUCCUUCCUCGCGUAUUCUCACUGCUUCCGCUGAUAACAGAAUCGGCUUCUGGAGCUCCAAGAAGUCAGAAGGCACAAGCUACGAACCACCUGCGGCCCCUUCCUCCAAGCGACGAAAACUUUCCGGACCUGCUAUCUCUACUCCUCAACGAGGCGCUCUGUCCUAUCUAGAGGGUCACACGCAGCAUGUCAAAGAUGUCGUUUUCGACAGCCAUGAUCACACUGUCGCGUAUUCGGCCUCAAUAGACCACAGCGUCAAGACCUGGGAUCUCACGACUUCGACAUUCGUCAACACGCGAUCCACGAACCAGGCGCUACUUUCCGUCUGUCACUUGCCAGAGCAGACUGGAAUCUUGGCGGGAGGUGCGUUAAACCGGAUAGAUCUCAUCGAUCUCAGAGCCAGCGCCAGCAAAGUAGCAGUCCUCUCUUGCCGAGGGCAUAAGAAUUGGGUCAGGAGUCUUUCGCUCGAUCCCGAGAGUCCUUUCCGUUUUGUGUCCGGUUCCGAUGAUAGCACAUGCCGAAUUUGGGAUUUGCGAUCGACAAGUCAAGAAGCUGCCGGCGGGACGGUGGCGAAGCCGGUGUAUACGAUUGAUAGAGAAUCGGAGAAGGGGAAGAAGGUGGAACAAGGGUCAGAAUCGAGCGUGUAUUCCGUGUCGUGGAACAAGGAGAUCGGCAUUGUGGCGGGAGGCAUGGAUAAAAUGUUGCAAAUCAAUAGAGCUCCAUCAUAGACGAGCGAGGGUAAUAGCGCGAAUGAGAAAGUGCUGCGAUGGG